UUUUUUUUGAAGUCUAUACAAUACAAGCUUAAAACCCUCACCGCCAAACCCCAAAACCCCUGAAAAGCCCGGGGGGAAAUCUUCGCAAUGGAGAAGUCGAACCCUGGACUCGCCGAUGAAAAGUUCACUACACGGGCCCUAAGCCUUUUCCAUAAUUAACAUUUUUCUUGGCGUGUAAAUUGUGUAAUCGCCAAUCGCUUUACGGUCUGCGGGCUAAUCUUCAUCACUCUACCAUGGCCACUGCUGCCGGAACGUUGUACUCGGCCGGCCCACGUCUACCGUUUCUCCGUCGCAACCUAGCCACAACUACAACUUCUUUUGUAUCCCUAUGUCCUAAAAUGGAUUUCUAUCCUCUGCAACUUAGGCCGCAUGUACCCGCAAGAAAAUUCGUGGUUCGAGCCGCAAGAACAGAGCCCAAGGGUGUGUCCUUGGGCGUCAGAGCGCCCAGUUUCCAACUCCCGGAGCCUCUCACUGGGAAAGUUUGGAAAUUGGAAGAUUUUGAAUCCUACCCUGCUUUACUGGUGAUGUUUAUUUGCAACCAUUGCCCAUUUGUUAAACACUUGAAAAAGGAUAUUGUGAAGCUUUCCAAUUUAUAUAUGAAGAAGGGACUUGCUAUUGUUGCAAUAUCUUCCAAUUCUGUUGCUACUCAUCCACAGGAUGGGCCCCAAUUCAUGGCAGAAGAUGCUAAACUAUUUAACUAUCCCUUCCCUUAUUUAUAUGAUGAGUCGCAAGAUGUUGCUAAAGAUUUUGGAGCAGUUUGCACACCAGAAUUUUUCCUAUUUAAAAAGGAUGAUGGGAGCUCAUUGGUCUAUCAUGGCCAGUUCGAUGAUUCACGUCCGAGUAACAAUGUGCCCGUGACAGGAAGGGACUUGAGCCUUGCAAUAGAUUGUGUUCUUAAUGGCCAACCUGUAUCUCUGGUUCAAAAGCCCAGUGUUGGAUGCAGUGUGAAGUGGCAUCCAUAAAUGAAGCAAGACUGUUUCUUUUUCCUUUUCUGCAAUCAUAAUCCACAAGUGUGAAUGUUGCUUUCAGGAGUAGGUUCAAAACUCAACUAAGAUGGAACCAACUGGAUGCCUGUUUGUUUGGGAAAGAAUUUGCUUGUGUUAGAAGUUGUAAAGAGGAUGAGAAUCUGCAUUGACACAUGUUGCUUGCAUUUGUAGCCUUUGGCGUCUGAUAGGGUACAGUGACCCAUGUGUGGGGCCGAGGCCGGUUUGGCGCCACAUGACACUGUGACAGAAAGCAAUAUUUCAUUUUCAAGCAUGUGGGGGUGGCGUGGUGGGGGGCUUUGGAAUGUCUUUCUUAUAUUUUUUGAAAUUGAUUUUGGAUCAUGAUGUGCUACUGGUCCAUCUUUUUACUCCUUCCCCACAUUUUCUUGUUGCGGUAGGGUUGUGUUUGAUUUGUUGAUUAAUGUUUAAUGGGAUUAAAUUGGAUUUGAUAGUAUUGAACAAUUUUUUAGAUUGGUUAUGGU